UUUAUUAUGGUCAAGGAGUAAGACCGUUUCAAACAAGUGGAUUAAGCAGGAGCGGGCUGUGGGAAGCACAGUGACGUACAACGGGGGAAGUUGCAGCCCGCGCCAGUGAGGAGGAAAUAAUCACAGUGUUGCCUUCUCAUGAAUUAUUAAGUUGCCCCCUGCCUCUUUUAGCUUGACUCAAAAUGCUGCAUUUUCAUCUGUGGGUCUGAAGCGGAGAGCAAGGGUGUUUUUUUGACAGCUGUAUUACUGCUGAUAAGCAAGACUCUGCGAGAUGAUCAAGUACUGAGACACGCAUCCAGAACAGCAGCACAGCAGCACUAUUCACUAUGAGCAGUGGCAGUCAGUAGCAGCAGCAGGAGCAGUAGCAGCACUAACAGCAGCAGAAGCAACAGCAACUCUCUCGUGCCUUUUUCUUCUUCUUUGUGGAGUUGUAAUCUGUUCUGAGGACAACAGCCGGAGAAGACGGGACAAGUAGAUCAGGGCUGACAGCUGUCAUCAAAACAACCCCAAACGCAGAGCUGGCUGCCCACAUGCCGAUCGAAUUUGUUUGCAAAAUCAAAUUUGCAGAGGAGGAUGAGAAGCAGAAAGGCAAGCAGGAUGGGGACAAGGAGAGCCUGAUUGAGGAGAGCUGCUCACCUCCAGCUAAGGACCUGGUCGGCUUCGCCAACUCCAGCUCUCUCCACGGGAUUAACCAUAUCUUUGUCUCGGGGCGCCUGGGCAUUCGGCAGACCCUCUGGGCACUUGCCUUUUUGGCUUCUCUGGCACUCUUUCUGUACCAGGCGGCAAAGUGUGCCAUCUCUUACCUGGAGCACCCUCACGUCACCGCUCUGAAUGAGGAAGCGAGCCCUGAGAUGGUCUUUCCCGCUGUGACCAUCUGCAACAUCAACCGCUUCCGCUUCUCUGCUCUCACCGACGCCGACAUCUACCACCUGGCUAACCUCACAGGUCUACCACCAAAAAACAGGGAUGGCCACAAGCCCACUGAUUUGGACUAUCCUGCGCCGGACAUGCAGGACAUCUUCAACCGGACAGGACAUCAGCUGGACGAGAUGCUGAAGAGCUGCAACUUCAGUGGACAGAACUGCUCUGCUGAGGACUUCUCUGUGGUCUACACCAGAUAUGGAAAAUGUUACACUUUCAACGGGAACAAGUCGACGUCCAGGAAAACCAAGCAAGGUGGAAUGGGAAAUGGCCUGGAGAUUAUGUUGGAUAUUCAACAGGACGAGUAUCUCCCCAUCUGGAAAGAGACAAAUGAGACGUCGUUAGAGGCAGGGAUCCGCGUGCAGAUCCACAGCCAGGAUGAGCCUCCCUACAUCCACCAGCUGGGCUUCGGAGUCUCCCCGGGAUUCCAGACCUUUGUUUCAUGUCAGGAACAAAGGCUGACCUACCUGCCCCAGCCCUGGGGGAACUGCCGCUCCACCAGCGACCAGAUGAUCCCGGGAUACGACACCUACAGCAUCAGUGCCUGCCGCCUGCGCUGCGAGACCAGGGAGGUGCUCCGGGAGUGCAACUGCAGGAUGGUGCACAUGCCCGGAACUGCCGAUAUCUGCACUCCCAGUAACAUCAAGUGUGUUGACAAGGCGCUUGCCCUUCUCCAGAAGAGCACUGGGGACACCUGUCCCUGUGAGACACCAUGUAACCUGACCCGCUACGGCAAGGAGCUCUCCAUGGUCAAGAUCCCCAGCAAGGGCUCCGCUCGCUACCUGUCCAGGAAGUACGACAAGUCUGAGGAGUAUAUCAGAGACAACUUUCUGGUGCUGGACAUCUUCUUCGAGGCUCUUAACUACGAAACAAUUGAACAAAAAAAAGCGUACGAUGUUGCAGGUUUACUAGGUGACAUUGGAGGCCAGAUGGGCUUGUUCAUUGGAGCCAGUAUUUUGACAAUCUUAGAAAUUUUGGAUUAUGUUUACGAGGUGAUCAAGCACAGGCUGCAGCGUCUGCUGAGGCCACAGAAGGAUGAGAAGAAACAACAGACGACCACAGUUGCAACUGUGGAUCUGCAAGAUAUGAAAGCCAGUAAGGAGUCCAGUGAUAUGACCAUGACCAGAAGUCAUCCUGAAGGAGCUUACGCCAAUACGAUUCUACCGAACCACCAUCUCCCCCACCACCAAGGACAGCCACAUGGAGUGUUUGAGGACUUUGCCUGCUAAAGCAGACGGCCAUCUUUCCAUCCUGAUGACAACAAAAGUUGUGUCCUCUCUGGGCUGGAUCGGGCAUCAAAACAGACCCUGAGACCUCAGUUCUAUACCUUUCUUGCUGUCACCAGUGAAAAAGCUACAGCCAAAGUUGAACACCAAACCUGUGCUGCAAACAGACCACUUGUAUGUAAGCACAGAUUGGACCCCACAUUACUGUCCAGCUGGAGACGCCCACCUUCAAUCUUCCUACAAUUGACAGCUGGCCACUCUGCGAUUUCUAUACUGGUUAUUUUGGUACAUGGUCACCACAUGGGAACAAGACAAGGACUGCAUGUCAUUUUGAGCCAUCUUGAUUCAUUUCUACUCAACUCCAGUAUCUUGAUUUGUGUACCCAUCUUAAUUUGUUAUUAUUAUUCUCAAUAAGUUCUCACUCAGCUCACUGUUUUUGAAUCAUUGUAAAAUGUGUCAUUAUUUGAUUUCCCCUUUAUAUUGUAUACAGAUGAGUAUAAGACAGGUGGUCAUAUUCAAUCGAACCAUUAUACAGAGAUAUCAAACAAAAUCAGAGGAAUUACAUUGAUCUUUUGGCGUGUUAACCAUACUAUCCUCGCUUUGAUGAUAGGGCCCAUACUGCGUACCAGCUAAACACUAUUUAGUAUUUAUUAGGAUCCCCAUUAGCUGCUGCCAAGGUAGCAGCUACUCUUCCUGGGGUCCAAGCAGGGUUAAAACAAUUACAUCACAACCAAACACAACAGACGAAAUCAUAAAUAAAACAACGCAUCAUACAAUAUAUUACAUUAUUGCUCUUUUACUACAAAUGUACGAUAUAAAAUCCAUAAUACCACAUUACAAAUGUGUGUGUGUGUGUGUGUGUAGAGUGAGUGUGUUAGAUUGUGUGUACGUGUUUGGGUCUCUUCACAGUCCUCGUUGUGCCAUGAGGUGUUGUUUUAUCUGAUUUUAGUGCUCGCUUGAGUUAUUUGGUGUGGAAGAGAGUUCCAUGUAUGGCUCUAUGUAGUACUGAGUUUCCCCAGAGUCUGUUCUGGACUUCGGGACUGUGAAGAGACCCCUGGUGGCAUUUCUUGUGGGGUAUGUAUGGGUGUAUUAGAUGUUUGAACAGACAGUUUGGUGCUUUCAACAUGUCAAUACCUCUCACAGAGGCAAGCAGUGAGGAGGUCAAUCUCUCCUCUACUUUGAGCCAGGAGAGAUUGACAUGUCUGGUUUAUGGGAAAGGUGUUUCAGAGAGUAGCAUUAUACAUUUACAUAGGUUCAACCUGAACACAAAGAGAAAGCACUGUUUUAAAUGGAUAAUGAUUAAUUUAAUUCAACACUAAUACUAAUUUUUGUAAUUGAUUUAUAUAUUUUAGAAAACAAUAUUUAAAAAAAAAAUAUAUAUAUAUAUAUAUAGCUGUUAUGAUUGUAGUAAUCACACUGACAUAUUUUUGUUUAUUAGCGAAACCAGUCAGAAAGAUGAUUGGAAUUGCCUUGCUCCAAGCAACAAAAUGCACAUAGAUAUGGUUGAUAUUACUGUCAUUAUUUUUAUUUUAUUUACUGACUUGGGCAUGGGUGAAGUUCUUACAACAAUUACGGUGUCCAUAUUGGGUCAUCAUUCAAAAAGGCAAUGAAUAGCAAGCAACAAGCUGUGCUGUGAAUCCCCUUGACAUGGAUGAAUCAUAAUACACAUAAUUGAGCACAUUCCACAGUCUGUAGUAGCUGAGCGCCUCUAAUUUAAAGACAGGGCCAGAAGAGUCCUUUCCCAUAAAUCCCUGUUGAAGCAAAGUUGCUUCCAAAAUAAUUGCUUUAUGUCUCCUGCACAAUCUCUUGGCUUAGAUAGUGAAGUUGUUACAGUAAAAGUUUAUCCAGGACUAAAACUGCUGUCCACUCCCGUGUAGGACAGCCUCAGUGAAAGACCUAUCACUUUGACUACUGUCUGAAAAUCGACUGUAGGUAUACGAUUUUGUAUUUUGCUGGGUUAUUCAUUUAUACCUCACAUUACAGCACACGAUCACAUAAAUAGAUAAAGAUGUUUGAAUAUAGCUAUUUGUUAUUUUUUUUUAUUUUGCUUGUGAUCUUAGAAACGGCCGCAAUGGACCUUUUUAUCUCAAUAUCAAAUCAUUUGGAUAACAAUGAAGUACCUUCCUGUGAUUGUUUUAAAUUAAAAUGGUCAAAAAUUAAGAAAAAAAAGGUUCUUAAUCAAGAAUUUAGCUAGUACUGUCUGGGAGUGGAGAGGGGAAAACUAGUGGUUAUUGGCAGAGAGGUUUGGAACUCUUUCUUAUUAGUCUAUGAAGUAGGUGAUGUCACCAGGCAGGGCAAAACCAUCCCACCAAAACAGGCUGACAUUUCAGGCAGACUUUUCAAACAGCCAUUACACUAAAAGGGCACCAUCAUCAUUUUCACAAUUUCACAGUAUUAUUCCAGCCUCCGUGUGGAAAUAUAAAACACAGGAAACUCUCAUUUUUGACCCCAACUGGGCCUUUAAUAUCGGUAACCCUGCUGAAGUGCUCUGAGCUGUGCUUUGUUUGACAAGUCCACAAUGAAAUGACCCAUUCAUCAGCGUAAAUCAAAUCUACUCUUGCCCCAUGUCAAGUAAUCACGGGGGCCAAACAUGGCUUUUAAAUAUCCAUAAUCAUGUGUCACUAUGACAUUUUCAAAAGUUCCCAAUCAUGGUCCCUGAUGGCACCCUAUACCAGGUUUCUCCUCGGUCAUCAACAACACUGAAGGACAGGUCGCACACUGAGGAGAUGCUGUACUAAGGUGAAUGUGGGGUCAAAUGAUCAAUGUAAAGCUUGACUUCGCUUGUUGCAGUCACGUAUAGGCGGUCAUGCAUGUAUAGAUACAGGAAAGCCUCAGAGCCGGUCUGUGAUUUGCUGUGUGUAUAGCAUACAUGUUUGGCUCGUCUGAGAAUGUGUCCAUAGAAUUCUGAAAUCAUUUGGUAUGUAAUAUUACAAAUAGUAGUUGCAAAUGACAUCUGUGCAUAUUACAGUGGAACUAAAUGGUGGCUGUGUAGCUGGAGUUGACCUUGCUUGAUUUCCCCAAUUGACGACAUUUUGUACAUUACCAUUACUAAAUUUGCCACUCUGCUCGUUCGUUCACUGAAUUUCGCUCUUCUCUGCUUGUUCAGGUUCGCAAUACUGUUGACAUAUUGUAUAUUCACACAAUCAAAAUCAAUUCUCUGUAAUAACAAAUUUGUGUAUUGCGAAAUUUCUCAUUUUGGUCUGAAUGUUCCACGUGACAGCAAUAGGGGUUUCAUUGAGUGAAAUGGCAUUGCGGCAUGCACCGUUACACUGUCAACAGCUCAAGAUGAAGAACGGAUCAGAGCAAUUCUAUCAAACAGUAGGACACCAAUGGAAAUUCACUAAGAUUUACAGGAGAACGCUGAAGACGUUUUGUUCAGAAGUCUGCUAUUGUAACUGUUUAUUCUGUUAGAACACAUUUUAUAAAUGUUAUGGUUAAGUACAAAUAUUAAAGUUUAGAUUGGUACAUUAAAAUGCCUCAU